UCUCCCUAUGCAGCCGACAUCACGCAAAAACAAACCCUGCGCCUGCUUUGAGGAUAAAUAACUCAGCCUCAGCCUCAGCCUGGUCAGGUGGAGGGACACCCUCGCUUGGAGGCCUCGCUCCCCGUUUGGCUCAACUCACCUCUGGAGUGGCUGGAGUAGGAGCCUCUGCUGGAUCGGAAGUGCUUGGCCAAGACAAUGUACCAGCAUUUCCUUUUCCUUUUCUUCCUUUCCUUCCAUCCCCAUAAAUGCCAAGAGCAAAUCUUGAAUGAAGAUGAGUAUGAAACCCCCAAGGAUUACCAGCAAGUCUACAGAGGAACCAAAAAUGAUAUCAAAGAGAUCCCAAAGAUUGUAAAGCCUUUCAUUUCUGAGAUGAUCUUUGUACAGACCAGCAUCACUGCUAUAAGGAAAGGUGCCUUCAGCUACAUGCCCAGCCUGAUCAAAAUUCUGUUUAUUGGCAACAAAAUCAAGACAGUUGAACCAGGAGCCUUUGAUGGUUUGGAGAAACUGAGGGAUUUGGAGAUCUCUGGUGCCUCAUUAGAAGAACUAGCUGUGGGUACUUUCCAAAACCUCCCAAGCUUGCAGAGACUGGAGCUAAGAGACAGCCACAUCAGGCAGAUCCCCAAAGGACUGUUUGAUGGGCUGGAGAAUUUGGGAGAACUCUCCCUACACAUCAAUGCAAUCCCUUCUCUCCCAGAAGGCAUCUUUGAUUCUCUUGCCAAUCUAAUGUUUUUGGACUUGGCUAGAAAUAGGAUCAGGGCUCUUCCUCGGGACAUCUUUAGCAAACUUCCCCAGCUGCAAGUCCUCCGGCUGUAUGAGAAUGAGCUACAGGACCUCCCAGAGGGGUUGCUGGAUGGUCAGCAGGGGCUGCUGGAGCUCAGCCUCCAGAGGAAUAGACUCAGAGUGCUGCCAUCCACCCUCCUGAAGAACCUGCCCCACCUGGAGAAACUCCUUUUGGACAACAACCUCCUCAGGAUUCUACCACUUAAGGGCUUUUUUGGUUUAAACAAACUGAAGCUGCUGACGCUGGGUUCAAAUCACAUUGUGGAGCUUCCUAGCUGCCUUUUUGAUGUUAUGCCGCAGCUCCAGGAGCUGGACCUGGGCAGGAACUGUUUGGCCACACUUCCAGAUGGCAUCUUUAGAAACCUCACAUCUCUCAACAAACUCAUGUUGUCCCAGAACCGGCUAACAGCCCUACCAAGAGGAGCCUUCACUGGGCUCAGCAAGCUCACAGACCUCCAGCUGGAUACAAAUCAGCUCUCUGCUUUGGACAGCGAGGUCUUUGCUUCUCUCAUAAAUCUGAAAACCCUCAACCUUCGAAAGAACCAGCUGGAGAGUGUUCCCCAUGGGCUCUUAGACCCCUUGGGGAGGCUCAACUCACUGUUUCUCAGUGGGAACCCAUGGAGAUGUGACUGCAACCUUUGCUACCUGCACAGCUGGAUCCAGGGCAACACUGAGAAAGUUAAAUUGCCCACUCAGGUGGCAUGCAAGAGUCCACCCCACCUGGCAGGGCAUGCAGUAAUGUCACUAAGUGAUAAACAGUUAAUUUGCCCAAGUACUCUGUCUCCUUCAGCUUCUUUCACUCCUCCUCUGCCACUCACUUCCUUAUCAUCACAAGGGAUGUCAACUAUGGUGUCACCCAGAGCCUUCCGAAUGGCGAUGCUGACCACACUGUCACUGGGGGCCUUCCCAGUCUUGGCACUGCCAACAACACCAUUGCCUAUGGCCAUUCCAACCAUGUUGCCAACUGUGCCACCAGAGGCAUCCAUCGAUGCUCCAUCAUCAACCAUAUCCCUGGAGGCCCUCAUCACCAAAUCAUCAAGAGCCGUGCUACCAGAGGCCUCCAUCACCACCUCAUCUCUGAUCGUGCCAUCAGAGGCCUCCAUCAGCACCCUUUCUCCGACCAUGCCACCAGAGGUCUCCAUCAUCAUCCCAUCUUCGACCAUGCCACCAGACAUCUCCAUCAGCACCCCAUCUCCAACCAUGCCGCCAGAGGCCUCCAUCACCACCUCAUCUCUGACCAUGCCAUCAGAGGUCUCCAUCAGCACCCCAUCUCCAACCAUGCCAUCAGAGGCCUCCAUCACCACCCCGUCUCCGACCAUGCCAUCAGAGGUCUCCAUCAGCACCCCAUCUCCAACCAUGCCAUCAGAGGCCUCCAUCACCACCCCGUCUCCGACCAUGCCAUCAGAGGUCUCCAUCAGCACCCCAUCUCCAACCAUGCUGCCAGAGAUCUCCAUCAGCACCACAUCUCCGACCAUGCCACCAGAGGCCUCCAUCACCACCUCACCUCUGACUGUGCCGCCAGAGGCCUCCAUCAGCACCACAUCUCUGACCAUGCUGCCAAAGGCCUCCGUCACCACCCCAUCUCUGACUGUGCUGCCAGAGGCCUCCAUCACCACCGCAUCUCCAACUGUGAAGCUGGAGACCUUCAGCUUCAGUCCAACACCAGUCGUCAUAAGCCUACAGCCUCUUGGAGUCACCACCAUGGAGCCUGCGCCACCUACAGCAGCUCCUACUGCCAGACUAGUGUCAGCCAUCACACUGGCAGCCACUGCUGGACAAAUGUCACCUGUUUCUCCAGUGCCCACAGAGAGGCCAGGAGCCAUCCUUUUGGGAAAUCCAAGCACCUCUCUUGCCUCAGGCUCCCUGUCAGCACUCUUGCCACCCCACAGGGCUGCCAUGCCGGGCAUGGCCACAUUGGCACCACACCCAAAAUCUGACCAAGCCUCUAAGCCAAGUGGUGAGUGGGACCAGACCAUGGUGCGGGGCUCGUCCACCACUGGCACUCAGCCCUCAGCCACAGCCUCCCAGCACAUUCCUGCCUCCCAGCACCCUCUCAGCCCCCUCACAACGUCUCCUGCCUCCUCUGUCCUCACCAUCACUGCCACAUGGGGCCAGGCAGGCUCCCAGCCAGCCUCCCUGCCUUCGUCCCCUUACUGGCUUCCUGCUUGGGGCUGCACCUUGCAGCCUUGCAGCCGCUGGUACUGCCAGGUGUCCCUCGCCCUGUGCUUGUGUAUACUUGUGCUGGAAAUUGGUUGCACAUUCCUGGGAGUGAAUCUAGCCCUUCUCCUCUACAAAGCCACCCGCCACAGAGACAGACCUGUGGCAUUGGUGAGGCUGGUGAGCAUCCAGCCCCUGGUAGCCGCAUGCCCACACUGGAACGUCCACCGGGCCCUGGGAUGCAGGGCUGCCCAAGGGCCCCCUGAGGACGUGCUUGCACCACUUUGAGCUUCACUGCUCCUGCAACCAGCAUGCUUAGUGCAGCAGAUGCAUUCCUGCUUUGUGUUUUAGCGUUCUUAUAUCUGCUGGAGUAAGGGAGAGUGAUUUCCCCAUAAAUCUUGGCUGCAGCCUGUAGCUGCGCUAGUGGCACAGGGCUCCGUGCGCUCGCAGCGCGGUGGUGCUGCUUUGUCUCGCGGUCCUGCCCCAUGCAUGCCAUGUGGGACCUCAGUGCAGGCAGGAGUGAGGGCAUCAGCAUAGCUCUGUGUGCAGUGCUGGGGGACCAGGGGCCUUGGCAUGGCUCUCUCAGCACUGUUUUUCCACUUUGCCUUGCUCCCUUGGUCCUGUCACUCACUACCAGAGGUGGGCCCCAGGAGCAGGGUGUCCCAGGACCUCUCUGUGCUGGGGAUGAUUUUGGGGUGCACUAGCUCUGCCCUGGAGAGGCUGUGAACCCGCGGGGCCAGGCCUGCCCCAUCCCUGGUGACACUGCCUCAUGGGCCCUUCUGCUAGGUGACACUAGAUGGCAUCCCUGCACCGGUGGAGACUGUCACCACCUAUCCCACUGCCACUCAUGGCCACAGAGGGUGACUGUGGUCCCAAGGACCUGCUCAGAGAUCCUGCUGCCAGCCCUCCCUGGUCGCACUACAGGACAGGUCCACACCAGUAUGUCCAUCAAGCAACUCUGAACUCUUCCUCUCUCUGUCUCAAUUUCCACCUUACUGAUUUUAAAAUCUGCUGUGUGAUGUUUAGCAUGUCUCUGCCAUGCACUAAAGGGCUGAUGAGAGGCGUGGAGCCUAUGCCAGGCUCUUUCUCAGCGUAGUCUUCUACAUUUCCCAGUGCUGGCUGGGGCUCUGAGAUCCUGAACUGGAGCAAGCUGUCGGAGAACUACGCUGGACCAGGGCUGCAGCCUCUCCUGUUGAUCUCAUGGACACAGGCAGUGACAGAGUGCGAAAACCGAUACUCUUUUUUUUCCCCCUUGUCUUAAAUCUUGUAGCCUCAAAAGCUCUAUAAGAUGUCCUGGUUUCUCUGGUAGAGUAACAUUUGAAUAUGGCCAAUUGCUUUAUUUGCAUACAAUAAUUUAAUCUGGGCCUUUACCCAAAAUCCCGGCUAAGUGCCAAUUCCUUUGAAGUUCAGGAAGAGGUGGGUAACUUUCCUCAUAAAUGAAGUUUUGAUGUGUGUGUUCACCUCUGCACUUCUGGGCUGCAGCCAGGGCCAAGAAAGGAAAGUGCCAAACUUAAACAAAAGCAGCUGUUUCUGUGGCUUUUCUGGCAUCGCAGGAAGUGGUGAAACUUUCACUAGAAAGCUUUAUCCUAGGAGAUUUUGAGCUUGAUUUCGAUAGCUACUAUGGCACUACUAAGACUUCAGUUCGGCAGCUUCAGAUUCCUACAGGCUGGGAGAUUUGCAGAGACGACAUUGCACUUGCUGCAAGGCAGGAGAUGUUGCUGAGCCCUUACUCCGAGGUCUCUCGGUGGUGCUUGCUCACAGCCUCUUCCCAUAGCUAGAAUUUCCCUCUGCGGCACAGUCUGGAAGCUGAACACCAGCUCCCAUUUGGCACAGAAUUAACUUUCCUGCCAUCAUGAUCAGGAAAAGCCUGAGGAUGUGAACCCUGAUAGCUGCAAGGCAGUAGGCAGCCAGGAGGGGCAGCUAUUUAUGGCACUGGAGAGGGGGCAGCUCAUUUGUCAGGUACCUGCCCUCUAUGUUAUUUAGAUGUGUUCUCUGCUGGUCUGGCAGUUUAAGCAUAAAAGUUGCUGUAACCAUUUGCACACUGUGUGGGAAAAUGACGGCAAUAAAGCCAGGCGCUGCCAUGGGGUCUGAGCGAAUGCUGGACGUGUUGGGUUUCUCGCCUUGGCAGCCCACAUGCAGGUUGCUGAGCAAGGGUGAAAAGCUGCCAUAGCGCUUGGUGGCCCCAUGUCUGCGUGGCGAUAGCUUGAG